AUGGAGAGGCACAGCUUGACGGAGCAUCUCCAUGUCAUCGCCAUCUCAGACCACCGCAUGACCAUGGUGAAAAAGAAUCCCAAUCUCUCUCUCUCUCUCUCUCCCACCCCCUCCAAACAGAGCCUAGAAGAGAAACUAAGGAACUCUUCAGAUUCUGAGCUGCUGCUGGGGAUUUUGCGGAAGACUGUGAAACAUCCUGUGUGUGUGAAGCACCCGCCGGCAGUGAAGUACGCCCGGUGCUUUCUCUCUGAGCUCAUCAAAAAGCAUGAGGCUGCCCACCCAGAGCCUUUGGAUGAGCUGUACGAGGCACUGGCAGAGGUCCUGACCGCCCGCGAGUCCACCCAAGGCCACCGGAGCUAUCUGCUGCCUUCGGGGGACCCGGUCACGCUCUCUGAGAGCACAGCCUUCGUCUCCCACGGCACCACCGGCCUGGUCACGUGGGACGCCGCCCUCUACCUCGCGGAAUGGGCCAUAGAGAACCCAGCAGCAUUCACUGAUAGGACUGUGCUAGAGCUCGGCAGCGGAGCUGGCCUCACGGGCCUAGCCAUCUGCAAGACGUGCCGUCCCAGAGCCUACAUCUUCAGCGACUGUCACAGCCGUGUCCUUGAGCAGCUCCGAGGGAACAUCCUUCUCAACGGCUUGUCGUUAGAGCCAGACAUCACCACCACCUCACAGAGCCCCAGGGUGACAGUGGCCCAUCUGGACUGGGACGUGGCGAUGGUCCCUCAGCUCUCCGCCUUCCACCCAGACGUCGUAAUCGCAGCAGACGUGCUGUACUGCCCAGACGUCAUCCUGUCGCUGGUCGGGGUCCUGCGGAGGCUCUCCACUUGCCGGAGCGACCAGCGGGCUCCUGACGUCUACAUUGCCUUCACCAUCCGCAACCCAGAGACGUGCCGGCUGUUCACCACUGAGCUAGGCCAGGCGGGGAUCCGGUGGGAAGCGGCACCUCCUCACGGCCGGCGGCUGUUCCCCUACGAAGAGCACUCGGAGAUGGCGAUUCUGCAGCUCGUACUGUAGGCCUCGCACGGGCUUCUGAUUGUGAAAAUUAAAUCACCACUGUGAGAAUUUUUGUAGGAAAGCAAAUAAAACUUUCACUGGGGCUGGGUACAGUGGCUCA